AGCUUUAAUGCCGCCAUUUCACGCGAAAAACAGCGCGGUAGUAGACACGUCUGGGGUUAAAACAAUACGAAAACAAGCUAGAGUGCGAGUUAAAUCCGCCAGCAGGUGAUUUAUAACAUAUAACCGUCGGUUUUUAUCACACGGUAAGGCCAAGCGCGUUUCGUCUAAUUAGGCCUGCUGCGUUACUAGGAGACGGGAGAAGAUGAGUUACGGAAGGCCGCCGCCAGACGUGGAGGGGAUGACCUCCCUCAAAGUAGAUAACCUGACUUACCGAACUUCGCCGGAGACUCUGCGCCGAGUCUUUGAGAAAUACGGCCGCGUGGGUGACGUGUACAUCCCCCGGGACAGGUACACGAAGGAGAGCCGCGGUUUCGCGUUCGUUCGGUUCCUCGACAAGCGCGACGCCGAGGACGCGAUGGACGCCAUGGACGGCGCGCUGCUGGACGGGCGGGAGCUGCGCGUUCAGAUGGCCCGCUACGGGAGACCCCCGGACUCCAUGUACAGCCGAAGAGGAGCUCCGACACGCAGAUAUGGAGGGUACGGACGGAGAAGCAGGAGCCGCUCUGCCAGUCCCCGGCGUCGCAGACGUAGCCGCAGCCGCUCCAGGAGCAGGAGCCGGUCCCGGUCCAGGAGCCGCCACCACUACAGCCGCUCCAGGUCCCGCUCCUACUCCAGAUCCAGGUCUAGGUCCCGGUCCAAGUCCAAAUCCAAGUCCAAGUCCAGAACCCCCAGACGAAGCAAGUCCAAGUCCCCUUCCAGGUCCAGGUCCCGCUCCAGAUCCAAGUCGAGGAGUCGAACCCCACCUUCUAACAGAGGAUCCAAGUCCAGGUCCAGGUCCAAAUCCAAGAGUAGGCCUAAAUCUCCAGAGGACAACGGAGCAGAGUCUUAACCCAAACUUGGACACAACAUGACGCUGCGGAGUCCUGUUUGCAAAGAGAGGAGGAGGAGGAGGAGGAGAUGGGGGUGUGGCAGUAUGAGAGCAGUUAGUGUGUGACCCGCCCAUGUGACCUGCCUGUUGCCGAGAGCGAUGGCAGUUGCUAAGGAGCAGGUCACCAAGGCAACGGUGGUUGCUAUGGAGCAGGUCGUCAUGGCGGUGGUUCGGGCUGUCAGUUGGUGUAUGAGGUGGUGUGGUGAGGUACGUUCACGGGGAAUCACAGGCAGAUGCGCUGAGCUCUGUUCCCACCCGGGCCUGUGAUUUCCUCCGCCUCUCACAAAGGGAACGCACCCCGAGGUUUGUUUUUCAAAAAUAUGCCCGAGUGUAAGAGUCUUCUACGAGCUAGCUAUGAGGAAUGUGGGGCCAGUGAAAGGUGUGUAAACAAAUAUGAAAAUGUUGUUAAAAGAAAUGUGAUAAAUGUUAGCGUCAGGGGAGAGAUCAGACCAGAACCUCAUUAAUAGAAAUCCAGGUCAGCGACAGGUGUUGACAUAAUGUCUGGUUUCGUCUCUUGUCAACUCUCGUUUGUUUCUUUCCUUGCAGAUCUCAGAUGAGCCUUUUUGAGGACAUCAGGACGAGUCCCACCCUGAGCAAGUGGACUCCACUAUUACCACUGAAUGCAGACUGAAAGGUUAUUGGAGCUUGGUCUAAAACGUUUUAAAUGUUUAAUUUGACUUGAUGUACCUAAACAAAUUCUGUAACUUUGAAAUGAUCAUUUGUAAAGUGAGCAUAUUGAAAGGGAUUUGUUAAAAAAAAAAAAAAUCUUUUCCCCUGACUUCAUUAGCUUUUGUUUUUCUUUUAAUUUUGCCUGUUUGAUUGAAGUUGUACCUGUUAAUAAACUUUUCAGAAUUAAAGUAGAUUUCUUUCAGUGAAAUCCCUCGUUUAAAAACACUCUUUCCACGUGGAUGUGAAAGAGUCUUUAUUUUCAGAGAUGUUGUAGAAAAAGGCGACACGUUCAAUGUUAUGUUAUACCAGUCUUACGAGGAACAUGAAUUGGUGUACCCUGACCCAAAAUAAAAAAAAAUUCACUCAAUUUGUGACUUUCUAAUAGAACAGCGGUUUCUUUUCUGUCAGACUUUUUUUUUUUUUUUCUGUCUGGUUACAGUUGCUGUCCUAUGACUCUAACCCUCUUUCUUGUGUAUCUUUUGUGCACUAGGCGCAGUUGUGUAGCAGUUGAGUAAUGCUGGUUAGCUGUUAAGAUGCGGUGCAGUGCGGUGGUGACAUGGUGUGGCGUGUUGCGGUGCUGAGUGCCCGGCGCUGUUCCGGGGCUCGACCCUCCGCUGCCGUUUGCCGGUUUGUAAGCUCACAGGUGUGGCAGAUCAUCCAUCCUCUCCUGUCUUGUGACCUCUCCUUCCCUCCAUGUGCUGUACAGAUUCUCUCCCUGCUUUUUUCUCUUGAUUCUCCCUCCUCUCCCUUCCCUUCCUGUUCUUAACUGGUCUUGCUCGCUUUGAAAUUGGGUCCAGUGUGACUCUUUAGUGAAAGGUUUAAAGGGCAGUUUUGUCUGCUUCAUUUUUUUUUUGUGUGUGUGUGUGUGUAUUUGCAUUCCUCUGUGAAUCUCUCGGAUGUCUUGUAAUUGCUUCAGGUGAAUGCUAAUAAACAUCUUUGUUCUAAA